CAUUUUGUGAUUUGCAUCAACUUUCAAAUCAUCGUAUAGGCCCUUUGCAAGAACUCACUCGGAGCUGAAUGACGAUUUUUUGCACCGUUGAAUCCUUACUCGUGGUAAGAGUUGUACACGUCCACUGCCGCAGUGUUUAUUAAAGCCAGUAGCUUUCGGGGGUUCAAGACGAAAAGGGUGACGUCAAUGGUCAAACGGAGCUCAUGUAACGUGUCCUAAUUAGCGUAAACUCUCACGAUAUUGUAGGGUUAUAUUCAUGAGCGAGAGGUGAUCUGCAUUGUGAGCAUUUUUUGUUGUAGACGACUCAAUACUACUAGUACUUUGAGCUCUAUCGAUUUUGCGCCAGCGGGGCCCAUAUCAAACCGCGCCAGUGCCAAAUUACAAGUUCAACAAUAACGUAGGGAAUUCAAUAGAUCGACAAAUAGAAGGAUGGAAGUGGAACUCAACUUGUACACUGAUGGACGCUGAUUCGAACACUUCGAGCUUACAGGAACCAUCUUGUGAAAACAAGGAGUCGAACGCAGGGCUGAUGAUAAGUCUUAUCGCGUUCAAAACUCAACGCUGUAGCGGCCCAUCAACCGAGACAUAUCCCUCUCUACACACAAUACCGUAGGCGGUCCCGGACACGAGUUGACCUCAGAACAAAACAAUUGUGUGCAAUGGGAUAUGACUUACACCCUGAUUACGAGUGUGGGCCCGCUUAAAGGGUAAAGCGGGCCAUUAGCCACCAGCUGGUACUCUCAAAUCUGCCCUGUAUCCAUGCAACAUGUGAUACUCAAUACUUCCCUGCGCUGUAGAACGAAAUCGUAUAGCAAAACACGAAUUGCAGGAAAAUUCUUCCGUAGCUGCUGCCAUAGAUUGCUUAGUUCUUGGACCAAUGUCUUAAGCUCGCUGAACCUCAGACUCGACCCAAUCUCUUCUUUUUCUUGAGCCUCAUGCGAAUCAACUCCCCUUCCGCCAUGGCACAGAAUCUUGUCAGGUCUCCAUUGGGCACGGUGCCAGCCAUAGGUGUACAAUUUGCAGUUCGUCAGUCGUCAUGCCAGCCCGUAAGAAGGAAGAUGGUGUGCGAAGCUGCUUCGAGUCAGCGUGUGAGCUUCAAAGGUAGCGUGGACACGGACCUGCCAUUGCGGGAAAUAAAAAAUGUACCAUUUGAGCAGUACAUGAGCGCGGAUGAUAGAAUCUUUAAUGCUCUGUUUCCGGACAAACAACGCCGUCAAAGACUUAGUGAGGAGGAGUGGCGAAUCUUCAUGCUGCCCCUUCAGUUCUUCUAUCUCUCAGUCAGACCAGUUGUGGACAUGCGUGUCAAGUUACAAGAUCCCAGAACAAAGCCUGCCAAUGGCAAAAGUGUGUCGAAGUUAAUCACUUUAGAAGCGACGAGGUGGGAGCUGCGAGGGCUUGAGUACACCGUCAAUCCGGAAGAAUUCGAAUUGGGGAUCGCAGGGUCUUUGUAUCCUGAAAGAGGCCAGUUUGGUUCCAGGCUCAAAGGUCAGAUGAAGCUGACAGUGGAUCUGGCAAUUCCUUCUUCUCUGGCUCUCAUGCCUUCAGCAGUCAUGGAGAGUAUUGGCACUGCGGUUAUAAACCAAUUGUUAGAAGACAUGAAGACGAGAGUAAACACAAGGCUCCUGGAAGACUACCGAGACUAUGCCAUACAGCAACAGCGUAUAAAAAAAGUAUCUUCAGCUUGAGGGUCUCACAUUUCCCCGAGAGAAACGAAGAGAACACGGAGGGGAGAGAACUCGGAGGAUCUGUAUAAAGAAAUUACCUUAAUGAAACUGAUUAGAAACCUGCUAAUGUAUAUAAAAUAUUGUAGAUGAUAGUUUCUGUGUCGGUGUAAAAGUGUAUCUUGAGACAAUAUAUUCAGAAUUUUCUUCAUGACUUACACACGAGUAACUUUUGGGAAAUACCAUCUUCUGUUGAAGUUUUCAAUUGGAUAUAGUGAAGAAGAUCCACGGCUCAAAUGCUGACUGCCAGAGAAAAUUGCACUGAUUGCAAUGCUUCCUGAAGUCUUGAGGCAAGAUGUUCACGAUAAGGACGAUUUCGUGGCGUAACAGGAAAGCACAUGCUUCAAGGAUGCCAGCACGUGCACUCGUCAAGGACUCUGACUCUGAACCAGUUACUAUCAGUUAAGCAGCGAACAGGGUGGGGGCUUGGGACGGGGAGGAUUAUGCACGGUUUAUUCAACGUUGAGUAUAGCCUCUGGAAACUUUUAUAUUAUCGGUAGAUUUCG